AUGCGCAGCUCUUGUCCUAGCAGCAUCCGUCUGUGGCCAGCAAGGAGAAACCAGACUCUAACAAUGAAACCUCUUCGUCCCCAGUUCCCUCUCAUCUUGGUCAUCUACUGCUUCUGCAUGCUACAGAUUCCCUCCUCAGGAUUUCCCCAACCUUUAGCUGAUCCUCCAGAUGGCUUGGAUAUUGUGCAGCUUGAGCAACUGGCAUAUUGUCUGAGUCAGUGGGCAUCUCUUUCUCGCCAACCUAAGGAUAAUCAAGACAUAUACAAAAGGUUUUUGUUUCACUACUCCAGAACUCAGGAGGUAACACAUCCAGUUAAAAGUGAGUUUCCUCCAGUGCAUCCUCUUAUGCAUCUGGCUGCCAAGCUCGCCAACAGACGGAUGAAGAGAUUUCUGCAGCGAGGUUCGGGGACUGCUGCAGUGGACUUCACCAGGAAGGAUCACGCUGCCAACUGGGGACGACCCUUUUUCCUUUUCAGGCCCAGGAAUGGAAGAAACACUGAAGAUGAGGCCCAGUAGGUAGUCCAAGGAUUCAGUGGUGAAAGAAAGCUGGAUCUGAUGAGGCCAUCCAGGGAUUAUGUUGAAUAAAUAUCAAAUUUCUUUCCACGAACAGUAUUUAAAGAUAUUUCUCUUGCUCUAUAUUCACUAGAUA